UGAGCCAAAAUGCCCUGCUCUGCUGCUAAGUCCCGAACUGACAAGCAUGGACAUAGGACACCUGUCGUAGUGACACCACCUUCAGCACAAGACCAGGACGAGGAAUAUGUUAUUCCUGGUCGCUUAAUUCAGGCUCAAUGGACAGAUAUGUUGAUCCAAGAGGAUACAGAAGAGAUCGUGGGGGAGAUCAUGGAUGAACUGUUGAGUAAGGUCAUGGAAGGCUGUUUAAAGGUGGACAUUGAAAGACAGCUAAUACCUUUCUGCGCAUCCUGGGCCAAGAACUACCUCACGCAGAUUGUAGAGCGCCAAUUCUUGUGCCUAGAUGAGGGAGAAGGACCAGACGAAGCCUCUAAAACAAAAGACUCUGAGCCUAUGCCAGGAACUCCAGAUGCUUGGGCUGAAGGAUGUGUGCCUGUUAUAAAUGCAACCCUUGGACAUCAUCUCACCUCACAAAAGGAGGCUGACAAUGGCCAGGUCCCACUACAAACAGAGCCAAGGGUCAACCACCAAUGUCAUGUCAUGCCCCAAAUGGAAUGCUCUUCAAGACAAACUAAGAAAGAAACAAGUCCCCAGAGGCUUGUCACAGACAUUAGAAAGCAUUAUAAAGUGGUUGAUCCUUGCACUCCACCAAAGACUGAUCAAAAGAAAAGGCAGCAGGUUAAUUCGCCUCCAAAACAUUUUCAAGGCAAAUUACUGCCACCCUUGUCCUGCUCAACAGAAAAAUGGGAUGUGGAGGUACAGGGUAAAAAUAUGAGACGUUCUGUUCGAUCACCACAUCAGCAAAAGAGCUGGCAACACAUACCAAAGCUCGAUAAGCUCAGCUUGCCUCGUCAUUGCCUUUUUCCUCAGUAUGAGAUUGUAGAUAACAAUGACACAAAAUCCAACUUGAUGAAAUCAAUUGAACAAUCUAGACUAGAGCCAAGAUUCAACAAGCAGCAAACUGACAGGACAUUACCAUCACUGAAGCCGCUAACCAGCUCCAAGGAUCAGCCUAAAAUGUUUCAGGGGCAAAGUGAGGAUAAUGUCCUUCUGAAGAAACUGUCUCCCUCUAGACAUAGAAAGGAACAGAUGAAGUUGUCUGGGCCUCUCAGACUGGACACAAUGGUCUUAGCCAAGGGUGUUUCUCUUUUGGAUCCCCAGUCAGUUGAACUUAACCCUCUCAAAUGUAAUAAUCCAACCCAUUCUAUCAAUUUGAGGCCAAUACAGAGUAGCGUAGCUGUGCCACUAUAUUCAGUUGAUCAGGUUACCAGUGGUCCACUACCUCAGGUCACUCCAUUAUUUCAGUCCAAGAGCUGUGACAACUGAUUGUAAGGUUUAGUGGUGUCUAUAGUGGUGUUUUGAGGAUGAUAUUUAUGUUAAUUAAAUAAAAAAAAAAAACAUAUAAACUUGUAUAGUGUCUAUUGCAGGUCAGGCUGUGAGAAGCAAUUACACAUGCUUUACAAAGACUCAAUACUUUUCUUUUUCCAUGUGUUUUUGUGUUUCUCUGCAUUUGCAAAACAGCAGUGAUAAACAAUGCGCAUCAUCAAAACAUUUUUAAUUUGUAUUUUAAAAAAAUGAGACCUGAUAGCUGGGAAUUCCAUAUAUGCAUUGCAGCUUCUUUGAUACAAAUAUAAAGAUAUAUUUUUAAUAUUAAUCUUGAACAAUAAUCAUUUGUUUUUAUUUACUAUUCACUGACUGCUGUCUGUACACAAAGUGCCCUUCAAGGACAUUGCAGCCUAAAGCUUUAAUCUAAUUACAGUGAGCAAAAGCAAAACUAUUUGUUCAUUCAGUUUGUCCCACAAUUAAAUAUAAGAUAAAGCUGGGCUGUACAGUGGCUUGGUGGUUAUCACUGUUGCCUUGCAACCAGAAAAUCCUCGGUUAGUGUCCCGGCCUUCCUGGCCUUUCUGCAUGGAGUUUGCAUGUUUACAUGUUCUCCCUGUGCUUGCAUGGGUUUUCUCCAGGUACUCCGCCUAGUGAUGGUCCUCUGAUACCCGAGGCUUCGACACAUGCGCUGUAGCUCAUGAAGCAAACGUAUCGAGCCACUGUGCCGAGGCGUGGUUUGGUCACGUGACUCGUGACGUUUGAAUCACUUCAGUGACGUUUGAAGCACUCAACUGCUUCGAAUCACCUGAUUGGUUCGGUUUGUUAUGUGAAUCACUCAGCGGGAUCUAGUGUUCCGGGAUAGGAGAUCCCUAUUUAGUGUUGUUCAUUUGAAUUGUUUUUCGCAGAAUAGAUUGUUUUUUUGCCGUUGUUUUUGCUUUGAGAGUUAGUAGUAUGUCAGAUUUCGUAUUUCGUAGAGAAUAGAUAGAUUUUAUUUAUUUUUAUAUAUAUAUAUAUAUAUGUGUGUGUGUGUGUGUGUGUGUGUGUGUGUGUGUGUGUGUGUGUGUGUGUGUGUGUGUGUGUAUGUGCUUAGCUGACAGACUACAAACCAAAGAAAAAAACAGUUCACUGACUGUUGCUACACUUGUGGCUCUGCAGUUCAAAACUUUUGGAUUCACCAAUCAGAGUGGCAGCCAGUGUGAAAGACGAGGAAUAUGUUAUUCCUGGUCGCUUAAUUCAGGCUCAAUGGACAGAUAUGUUGAUCCAAGAGGAUACAGAAGAGAUCGUGGGGGAGAUCAUGGAUGAACUGUUGAGUAAGGUCAUGGAAGGCUGUUUAAAGGUGGACAUUGAAAGACAGCUAAUACCUUUCUGCGCAUCCUGGGCCAAGAACUACCUCACGCAGAUUGUAGAGCGCCAAUUCUUGUGCCUAGAUGAGGGAGAAGGACCAGACGAAGCCUCUAAAACAAAAGACUCUGAGCCUAUGCCAGGAACUCCAGAUGCUUGGGCUGAAGGAUGUGUGCCUGUUAUAAAUGCAACCCUUGGACAUCAUCUCACCUCACAAAAGGAGGCUGACAAUGGCCAGGUCCCACUACAAACAGAGCCAAGGGUCAACCACCAAUGUCAUGUCAUGCCCCAAAUGGAAUGCUCUUCAAGACAAACUAAGAAAGAAACAAGUCCCCAGAGGCUUGUCACAGACAUUAGAAAGCAUUAUAAAGUGGUUGAUCCUUGCACUCCACCAAAGACUGAUCAAAAGAAAAGGCAGCAGGUUAAUUCGCCUCCAAAACAUUUUCAACGCAAAUUACUGCCACCCUUGUCCUGCUCAACAGAAAAAUGGGAUGUGGAGGUACAGGGUAAAAAUAUGAGACGUUCUGUUCGAUCACCACAUCAGCAAAAGAGCUGGCAACACAUACCAAAGCUCGAUAAGCUCAGCUUGCCUCGUCAUUGCCUUUUUCCUCAGUAUGAGAUUGUAGAUAACAAUGACACAAAAUCCAACUUGAUGAAAUCAAUUGAACGAUCUAGACUAGAGCCAAGAUUCAACAAGCAGCAAACUGAAAGGACAUUACCAUCACUGAAGCCGCUAACCAGCUCCAAGGAUCAGCCUAAAAUGUUUCAGGGGCAAAGUGAGGAUAAUGUCCUUCUGAAGAAACUGUCUCCCUCUAGACAUAGAAAGGAACAGAUGAAGUUGUCUGGGCCUCUCAGACUGGACACAAUGGUCUUAGCCAAGGGUGUUUCUCUUUUGGAUCCCCAGUCAGUUGAACUUAACCCUCUCAAAUGUAAUAAUCCAACCCAUUCUAUCAAUUUUUAAUAACAGAAUGCACAACAAUUAACAUAAAGAAUACCAAGCAGCAGUCAUCUACGUCACAAGCACCACCGCAGCCUCGUCCUCCACCACCAGCAGCACCUUCCACAGGUAUUCUUUUUCUCUUCUGAAUAGGGAAUGACUGACAUUUCUGGUGAUGAUGAUGAUGAUCUUCAAUAUUUUUCAGUUCAGCUGUGGAGCCUAUUAGACGAACACGCAAGUAGAGCCUGGUAAAUGCAAAGCGCCACAGCGAAUGCAAUUGUAGAAAGAACGGCAGACCCACUGGCUUACUGGGCAACCCACAAAACCGUUUACCCAAACUUGUACAAUGGAGCCAAACAUUUCCUGUGUACCUCAGCCUCAUCUGUGCUGUGUGAACAGGUUUUUUUUUUCUAAGGCUGGGGAGAUAGUGAGUAAAAGAAGGAACUGCUUGAGUCCCAAACAAUGUUCCCUGUAAUUUUUCCUGAGUCUGAGCAAACACACAAACUCCCUGAGCGUUCCUUGGACCACUGUGAGCAACAUCAGACGUGUGCACUGUGGUCACACCAGCAUCACAUCCAUUCAAGUUACAUGGUUCAUUAAAAGAAUCAAAUUACAGCAUUUACAUUUCUGUUAAAACACUUUGUCAACAGGAGCCAGUUGAAGGCUGCAGUGAUUUUAGUGACACUACAAUGUAUAAGAGUGAAGUUAUUGAAUAUUUGUCUCUCUUUACUGUUGCAGUGGUUUUGCAAAUUGCAGACGGACCCUGUUCACUCCAUAGACACCAAUGUUAUUCCUGUAGCUUGAAAGACAGCUACUUUUGAUGAAACUGGGCUUGUAGCACAUUGUCUGCCUUGCAACAAUGGGAAAGAGGCACCGUUUAUGUUUUGACAACCUAUAUCUGAUGAGUUAUUGAUGCUGGAAGUCUGAAUCUGUGAAUAUCUUUCCAACUUUACUGAACUUGGGGCCACUACCACCUAAGGAGUGAUAGAUUUAAUUUUGAAAAAAGCAUUUAGCCAUACUUAAAGCUUUAAGUGCUUUAUUAACACGGAACUAAAAAUUUUGUAUUGUUUUAUUAUCACAGGUUCUGUCUGAAAAGAGGUGGCAUCAUUUUAAACAGUGAAAUCAAACUAAUAAAAUGUAAUGACCAACCAGUGAGCAAUACUGGAUUCUGCAAAAACAUAAACAACUUUUAAAAAAAAAUCUAAAUCUUAUCUUAACACAGUUAAUGUAUUAACUUAUUUUUGUGUAUGCAUGUAUUUAUUGAUUUAUUUAAUACUGUUAACAUAUCAGAGUUCUGAGUGAGUUUUUCUUAAGAUAGGCAAAGGCCACUUAUUGAUUACAUAUAGACUCUUAAAUGUUUAUUAAAAACUGAAAAGCAUUUAAAAAAAAAAAACAACUUAGGCAUUUAUUGAGUCACUAAAAUACUGUAGAGUACAGACCACAUCAGCAUGAUUAUAAGCAUCCUCUGGUAAAUUAACAACCAGAUACUGAUGUCUCUCACCAUAUGGACUUCAGGAGAUGACUGGGGGAUGAUAAACUGUGACCUACUGGUUGGGUUCUCUCUGUUCUCAUGUUUCUUACAUGUUUGUCCCUGACAGCUGGAUCCUAAUGUUUUUUGAGCAACACACCAUACUAUGACGUUUUUACACUGAUGGUUCUACUAUGGAACCAGUUUGACAUGUUCAGGUGUUCUUUGUGUGAAAACUCAGAGAUUUCAGGUAUCAGAAGGUGGUUUUCAACCUUCUUUGUUAACUUUCUGCUUCAACUUUAAAUUAAAUCUCCUUCACUAACCCAGCCCUCUGGACUUCCAGGAAGCUGUGUUCUUAUUGGCUGUCCAGGUGGCUGCUUGGUGUUAUCAGGAACACCUGAGCAGCUCAGUGUUAUCAGGAACACCUGAGCAGCUCAGUCUCUUCCUGCUUUAUUUAGCUGCAGUCAAACAUUUCCUCUGCUUCUCUUCACCAGUGAACUGGGUUUGGCUCCAUUGCUUCAGUUUGUUCUUUAGGCAUUGGCUUGCAGCUUCCAGCAGUAAAAUUGUCUUUAAUGUGUUUCUUGGUGUGUUUUAGGGCUUUGUACUGGAUAGUUGUCUUGGUAAAUGUGGUUCUUUAGCCACAGUUAGCACAUGGUGCUAAUGUGUGCAGUGAUUAGUGGGUUUGGUACAGCUGAGUUGUGUCUUUAUCUUGGCUGUAGUGAGUCUUUAGAGGUUUUUGGUCAGACAUAUUCUGUAUUCUUGUUUGGGAACCAAUGUUGGUUGUCCAGAAGGUAAGAGUUCCUGUCCUGAUUCUCUGUUCUCAGAGCUUCUCUGGUAGGCUGCAGGAGACUUUAGCGUUUGGGUUGUGCUAGUUUGGUUUUUGUGUGGUUUCAUUUGGACGACUAUCUUGAGGCCCCUCCAUGUGGUUUAGUGAGGUUUUCUGUAACAGUUCUACAAAGCAACCUGCAGCAGAAGAGACUUUGAGAGUUUUUAGGAAGUUCUGGAGACCAGACUUUAGAGCAGCAGAAACAUUUGUCAGCAGUUUGAGCAGGAGAAGGUGAGCUUCAGAGUAGAAAUGAGACAGAAACCUUCUUGACCCGUGUGGUGAGGUCCUGUACCAAGAGUUUGAGCAGGUUGUGAAGAGUCUGUAGUUCUUUGGUCUGAAAGCACAAGAAGAGUCGACUGAUUAAAGGAGAAAACAGGAGAUAUUGUUGGUUCAUCUGUCGCUCUGCAGUUUCCUUAGACUGAAUAUCAAGUUUAUAUUUUAAAUGAUUUCCCAUGUGAGCCCAAGAAGACUUCAAUAAACUCCCUCCAUCCACUGGACACAACAUAUUUUAUUACCAUGUUAAAUCUUUUUUUUUAAAAAUAUGUUUUUGAGUUUUAAUCACAGUUUUUUCUCUUUGCUUGUUUAGUUUUGUCAUCUGUGUAAAAGGUGCUAAACAAAUAAAGUUGAAUUGAUAAACUGAAUAAUUGACUAACUCAUGAUUGUGACAACAGAAGUAUUUUCAUUGUGAUUUAAGGGUUUAUUUCAUUUUUAAGGUUGGGGUAAAAUCUUGACAGAAAAAGAA